CGAACAGUGUGAAGAAAACAAAGAUUACAGUAGCAGCAUGAACAAUGAGCAUAACCCCCUAAAUGCGAUGAUGUCAAAGUUUUGACCUUUCUUCCUCUUCUAUUCCCGUGCCGGCGGAACCACCGAAAUGGGCUGCGCCUGCACGCCCUUAUCCGCCUCUCUCUUCACCUCUCUUUCACUUCGCCACCGUCUUCCACCGCCGCCGCCACAUUUCGCCUCCGCCGCCCCCUUUCGUCCCAAACAACAAUCCCUUUCUCAUACCUCUCGCCUUUCGGCCCUUCCUCUGUUAUUCCAAGGCAGCGGAAACAACAACAACAAUAAUAACAAUGGCAACGGUGGCAGUUGGGGUAACCCCUUUGAUUCCAACGAUUCAGAUUCAAAUUCAAAUUCUCAUCGCACCCUUUUCCUUUCUCUGCUAUGCUCUUCCGCCGCAUGUUUCUUCUGCCACCUCCUCCAGGUUAAACUUGCAAACGCCAAAACCUGGUCUUCCUCUACCGACAACGAGCUUUUGUCUGAACCCGUUUGGGAAGUCAAAGGUGGCAAGUGGACUAGGCUUGUCCCUGACCCCACCAACGAUGUCUUUGUCUCCGCAAACCCGGGGUUGUUGGCGGAGUUACAAUCCCUCAAGCCUUCACAAUUUGCAACCUUCGUGUGGCUCAAGUGCAGUGACAUCUUCACGCGGUUAAUGCUUCCAGAGGGUUUUCCCGAGAGUGUGACGAGUGAUUACUUGGAGUAUUCUCUUUGGAGAGCAGUUCAGGGUGUAGCUUGCCAGGUUAGUGGGGUGCUGGCAACGCAAUCGUUGCUUUAUGCUGUUGGACUGGGAAAAGGGGCUAUUCCAACAGCUGCUGCCAUCAAUUGGGUGCUCAAGGAUGGAAUUGGGUACCUCAGUAAGAUCAUGUUGUCAAACUUUGGUCGCCAUUUUGAUGUUAAUCCCAAAGGGUGGAGAUUGUUUGCUGACCUUCUUGAAAAUGCUGCCUUUGGUUUGGAGAUGUGUACUCCUGCUUUCCCUCAGUUUUUUGUGCUCAUUGGUGCUGUGGCUGGGGCCUCUCGCUCUGCUGCUUCACUGAUUCAGGCUUCUACCAGGAGCUGUUUCUUUGCUGGUUUUGCUGCUCAAAGGAAUUUUGCUGAGGUAAUUGCUAAAGGCGAAGUGCAAGGAAUGGCAAGCAGAUUUAUUGGUAUUGGACUUGGUAUAGGAUUGGGUAACUGCAUAGGCUCCUCCACACCCCUUGUUCUUGCUUCAUUUUGUGUCUUGACUUGGAUCCACAUGUACUGCAAUCUGAAGUCAUACCAAUCCAUUCAAUUACGGACAUUAAAUCCUUAUCGUGCAAGUUUGGUUUUCAGUGAAUAUCUACUGAGUGGCCAGGCACCUCCAGUUAAAGAUGUAAAUGACGAGGAGCCACUAUUUCCAGCAGUACCCAUAUUAAAUGCAACUUUUGCAAACAAGGCACAAUCAAUUACUUUAUCAUCUGAAGCAAAAGAUGCAGCUGCAGAAAUUGAGCGUCGUCUGCAGCUUGGAUCCAAGCUCAGUGAAAUUGUCAACGGCAAGGAAGACGUGCUUGCACUCUUUGGGCUUUAUAAAAAUGAAGGAUACAUCUUGUCAGAGCACAUGGGAAAAUUCUGUGUUGUUCUCAAAGAAAACUGUUCACAGCAGGACAUGCUGAAGGCACUGUUCCAGGUCAAUUACCUUUAUUGGUUAGAAAAGAACGCAGGAAUUGGAGGAAGAGGAACCCUGAACGAUUCCAAACCUGGUGGGAGGUUGCAUAUAUCUCUGGAUUAUGUAGAAAGGGAAUUCAACCAUGUUAAAAAUGAUGGAGAAUCGGUAGGUUGGGUCACAGACGGGCUUAUUGCAAGGCCAUUGCCAAAUAGGAUUCGCAUUGGCGACACAACAUCCUCAAACUCGGUGAGUAGCUGACAUGGCCAAAGACCGGUGGUUUUCAUUCCUGACCACAUGCAUAGCUGCUUGGGGAAGCUAGUUGGACUCAACAUGUCGUGAAGAUCAUGGACUUGUUGGUUCUUGGCCAUUGUUGUUUGAGCAAUGCGUGCAACAGAGUGAAUGGCUCCAAGAUAGACCACAACUAGUUGAAGCCAUAUGGUGACAUGGGUGGCAAAACACCCACUUUGCCAAUCUCAUUGUCAGUGAAAUGGACUGACCCAGAAACAGUCACUUGGCUGGGAAACAACACACAGCUUUUACUUUUGAGAUUGCACCCCAUGGAUAGAUUGAGUUGUGCAUUUAAACAGUCAAGUUUUUUGCUUGUAUCGCAACCAAACCUGUAUAAUAUAUACUACAGUUUGGCAAAAUCUCGUA